GAGGGGGACUGCCACCAAAUCGCGACUAUAUUAAGCGACCAGCCGCCAGCCAUCGCCAAUCCGCCAUUGCUACCUAGCUACCUCCUACCUAGCCAGCGUGAAGACGAUUACGUGCGGCGUCGAUCCAGAUGGCGGCGGCGACGCAGGAGUACAUGGAGAAGGCGCAGCUCCGGCAGAGCUACCGCAACGUCUGGCACACCGACCUCACCAGCGCCACCCAAGCGGAUCUCCCAUACUGCUGUCUGUCGCUGUGGUGCGGCCCAUGCGUCUCCUACAUGCUUCGCAGGCGUGCUCUCUACAACGACAUGUCAAGAUACGUGUGCUGCGCCGGGUACAUGCCAUGUAGCGGGAGGUGCGGCGAGAGCAGAUGCCCAGAAGUAUGCCUCGCGACAGAGGUGUUCUGCUGCUUCGGCACCUCUGUUGGGUCGACCAGGUUCCUGCUGCAGGACGAGUUCAACAUUCAGACGACCCAGUGCGACAACUGCAUCAUCAGCUUCAUGUUCAUCCUCCAGCAGCUGGCCUGCAUCUGCUCCAUUGUCGCCUGCAUCGUCGGCAACCAGCAGCUGUCGGAGGCGUCGCGGGCGAUCUCCUGCUUAUCUGACAUGGUCUACUGGACGGUCUGCUCCUGUAUGCAGACGCAGCAUAAGGUGGAAAUGGACAAGAGGGAUGGCAAGCUGGGCGGCCCAAUGGCGUUUCCUGCGAUGCAGCAGAUGUCGCGCAUGUACCAGUAGACCGGGUUCGUGCGCGGCACACUACAGGUGGCUGGGGUUGAUGUUUGAGGAAUGGACGGAUAUCAGAUCAUCUAGCUCGAUGAAUAUGUGUUUGUAGUUUGUACACCAUUGAACUGUCUCAUGUUCCAUUUGGCGAUUCUGUGAAUUUGCAAAUUUCUCUGUGAGGGCGGCCGAGCUUCACCUGACCGCUCCCACUUCGAGAGACAUUAUGCAUAUAUAAUGGGAAUAAAUUGGCAUAUCACGAUUA